GUGUGAAGGUACCUCAUGUUUCGUUGUGCUACCCGGCGUGGUCAGUGUGUGCAGGGAGAUGCUGAGAGGCGCAGCUCCUAGCUCCUCCACCUGCUAGCAUUGCUGCAGCAGCUAGGACCAGGACUGCCUACUACUGGUGUUGGAGUGGACUCGCCAUCUAGCCAGCCAGUGGCAGGAGAGAUCUGCUCUGACGUGUUACGGAAGGUGACCAAUGAGAGCUGGUCUUGUUGCCCAGCCUCCCAGCACGGCGGUGGUCGGCCACACCUCCGCCCUCCUCGCUAUAUAACCUGACUCGCUCACCACCACCGCAGUCAGCACGCAGCCACACACAUCAGAGGACGCUCUUUGCUGCAAUAUCUUGUGCUGCUUCACGAUUUUUGUUCAAAGUAUAACCGAAGCAUUAUAGAAAAACCGUAUUACUUGUUUGCCAAAAGCAUCUGUGAGGACGAUAUACAAGUAUACCAGAGGUAACAAAUUUUCUUCGGAACAAGUACAGUGAGUGAGUUUGGGAACUUUCCACUCGUGCCGAAGACGAAAAUAGGUCCCAGUGUCUUUCGCCGUCAACACAGAAACUCAAAUAUGUGCUUCACCAACAUGGAUGGUCCACGUGUUGAAAUCUCAGGGGUCGCAACCCUCUGCUUCGACGAGUCAGGGACGUACUUUCAGGGGUCCAUCUCCGCUGAGGACGACACCCAGUACGGCAUCUGCGGCACCAAGUCGAAGCGCAUCAGCCAGACACAGCUAGUCUCAGAAAGGUGUGAGUGCAGUGGUCUGCAAGAUGACGGCCCGGGAGUUCCAGUGACCUUCGACAUCCGUGUGAUGGACUGUGAUGUCGGGGAAGAGUACAUGCUUCAACGCGUCCACGGCAGGAACGGCGAGCUCUGCACCUUCGCCUGCUCAUCCGUCAGCUUCACAACAGAGAAGGUGUACCGAGGCCAGAAGGCAUUGAUGAUCGCCCAACGGUGUCUUGGCAAGAAGAUGGCCGGGCGCCACAACCACGUGUACCGAGGACCCAUCAAGCUUGUUUGUGUUCCUAUCCGUCGCAACACUCACUGGGUGCUGUGAGCUUCACCCGCCUAGGGUCACCACGCCCACUCAGGGGACCAAACACUGUAGGCUGAAGCUAGGCACUCUUGAGGUUAUGGUGUCGCCAUGCUUCACCAGACCCUCAUCGUUGCAGCUGGUAGACCACCAGAGAUGUUGAAGGCUCGGCCGUGGGGGUGCCGUAGGUAAAUCUGGCAUUUCUGGCUGAAACCUAUACAUCAGCAAGUCCCGAAGCCCGCGAGGUCUGCAAUUGCAUUCCUGGAUAGCUUGAAGCAUCAGGGCAAAGCCAGAUAACGUUUUGACUAAUGUCAAGACAAUAUCAGUCCAUUAAUGUUUGGGCAAAGCCAGCCCUAACCUGAAGCAAGGCCAGUACUCAAGACUUGAGUAGCCAACUUUCAUCAUUCAAUGACCAACCCCAUCGUCAUUUGGAAUAAAUAUUCCAAAAGCUUUAAAUGCAGAAGCAACUCUCAUCUACAUAGACAGGAUACUUUAUGAUUACCUCACUAUAUGCCAUUUGCUAAAUAUCUACUUUGGCUAGGCUCGCGUAAGUCUCAGUUCGCACAUAUCAGUUUCCAGCCCCUUCUUGUUUCACCACGAGGCAACUUUGCUGCAAUUGGGGGUUAUAAGUAAUGCUGAACUUUGCUGUAGUUUAUAAGUAAAGUUUGUAUAAACAAGAACACCUUAAAAGUAUAAUGCUAAAGCUUGAUUGAUCAUGAUUGAUCAUCUCAUUCUUAACUUUGUGUUUUGCAAAUACAGUACAGGUUUUCUGAAAUUCCUCAUAAAUAUAUUUAAUAUAUUUAAUAAAAAAAUAUAUGAAUAAUUUAAUAAAGUUGCUUCAUUUUGCCAUUUAAAUUAAAUCUUAUGAAUGAAUAUUAUUAAAGCUCAACAACG